AAUCUCAAAUUACACUUCCAACUAAAAAAAUCUAGAAAUUUCUCAGAAAUGGGCAUUGUUUUUGGAAAGAUAUGCGUUGGAACACCCAAAUACAGAACAAUUCAAUCUACAGCUGAUUACGAAAUCCGCAAAUACCCAGCAGCUGUUAUAGCACAAGUCACCUACGAUCCGAUCCAGUUCAAAGGCGACAAAGACGGUGGAUUCAAACUACUAACCAAUUACAUUGGAAUAUUCGGUAAUCCCCAAAACUCUAAUCCUGAAAAAAUUGCCAUGACAACCCCUGUAAUCACCAAAUCGGGUGAGAAAAUCGCCAUGACAACACCGGUGGUGACUAAAAGCGAUGACAGAGAGAAGAAUACGGUGACUAUGCAAUUUAUUUUGCCAGCGACUUAUACGAAAUGUGAAGAGGCACCAAAGCCGUUGGAUGAGAGAGUGGUGAUUGUAGAAGAAGGGGAGAGGAAGUAUGGGGUGAUGAAGUUUGGUGGGACUGCAAGUGAUAAAAUUGUGAAAGAGAAAGUGGAGAAUUUGAAGAAAGUGUUGGAGAGAGAUGGGUGUAAGAUAAUUGGGGAAUUUGAGUUGGCUAGGUAUAAUCCGACAUGGAUAUUACCUCCAUUUAAGACCAAUGAAGUUAGGAUUCCAGUUGAGUGAUGAGCUGAAACUAGUAUAUUAAAGAAAAACGUAUUGUAUAUGGGCUGUAUACUUUGUAUAUCAGACGUUAUUUUAAAGUUGGUAGCGUAUACUAUUUCAUGGCCUGCUUUAUAGUGUGUUAUAAUCGAAUUUAUCAUGUAGUUCUUGUUUUGCUUUUGUUAA